AUGACUGUUGGAUCCAUUGAAAGUGUCAACCUUAAGCUUGACAUGGACAUUUCGCCAAAGAAGGUUGUAAAUAGAAAAAAGUCUCCAACUAAUAAGACACAUGUAUCAUCUUCAUCAAUAACCAUGUGGCCACAUGAAUCAAACUCUGUAUUAUCCUCUUCUGAUAUUUGUUCAUCGAGUUCAUCUCCCAGUAAUACAACAACAUCUAACAACAACAUGGAUCAUCACAAGAUUAAAAAGUCUCGGAAAACCAUCAAGUACGAAACACAUGUUUUUACAUGCAAUGACGAACCACUAGUAGCAUCAAAAAGAAAACUUAUUGCCAAGUAUGAUUUGUUACGAGUGCUGCAUUUACCUCAAACUUUGGCAAGUCAGGUACUGGGGUGUAGUUUCUCAACAUUGAAGAGAAGAUUCUACGAAUCGAAAGAGGACUUGGGAAUUGAGAAAUGGCCUCAGUUUUAUCAGGAAGUGAGGCAUUUACCAAUAUUCGAGUACAUUUAUCCAAUGUCUCUAACAUUUAUUUUGAAUCCUGUAAAUAGACACAAAAAAACAUCUUAUUCAGACUUGACACCUCCGUACAUUUCUGACUCUGAGGUGAGGAAUCAUAUGGAAUAUCCAAACUAG